AUGUAUAGAGAAAUCCUAAAAACUUUUUCCUUAUCAGACCUUAAGGAAAAUGUUGCCCGCUUUGAAAACACGAUUUCAGAGCUAAGCUACUGCUUAGAAGACUUAGAAGAAAAAAGAGAUGAGCUAAGAUCCAUGGCUUCACCAUUCAAUCUGUACUUUUAAUAGCCCCAUACAAUUAUGAAAUUUUUGCUAAUUCAAAUCCAGAAAUUUUUUUUCCAAAUUCUCCCAUUAAUUGUCUAAAAUUGCAAAGCAAAAAUCCUACACCGAAGAUCCACUAACGAAAUGUUGAAAUCCACUGUCGAAACAUUUAAUUCAAUGCAAACUUUAAAGCCAACUGCUUGUGAUCAUGAGAGAUCAUUAUCAGAAACAUUAAGCACGCAGUAUACAGAAGCUUGUGAGACGCCUAUGGACGAUACAGAAGAAGCUGUGAAUAUAAAAAUCAAUAAAAGCGCACCUCAAAAGAGCAAAAUAAAUGAUGUUCCUCUAUCAACGCUGCAUGGGAAAAGAGUAUCAAAGCUUGCAAGUCAUGAAAAAACACUGCAUAAGACAAGUGUAAGUAUGCAGCAAAUUCCUAUAGCAAAAGAAGAAGAUAAACAGCCAAGAAUUUCAAUUGAUUUAGUUGAAGAAGUUGCAUUGCCCAAGCAUUAUUUAAAAGCCAAAACAAUGACAGAAAGCCGAUGCACGCCUUAUUUUAGAAAAGCGCCUAGACAUCCAAGAAAAAGCACUAAAGACCCUGAAAAGGCUUAA